GUAGACUCUUUAAUUCAACAGUCUUAGUGCACGCAGACAUAGUUCCACUAUUCCAUCGAUGAAGACAACGGGAAUGACUCCACUAAUGUUCGCGGUAAAGGACAAUCGAACAUCGUUUGUGGAGCGGCUUAUAGAAUUAGGAUCUGAUGUUGGUGCUAGGAACAAUGAUAACUACAAUGUUCUUCACAUAUCGGCAAUGUACUCGAGGGAAGACAUCGUCAAAUUACUGUUGUCUAAAAGAGGCGUUGAUCCAUUUGCUACGGGAGGUAGCCGGCAACAAACAGCAGUUCACUUGGUGUCAAGCAGACAAACAGGAACGGCAACAUCUAUUCUUCGAGCUUUACUUACAGCAGCAGGAAAGGAUAUACGACUGAGACCUGAUGGGAGAGGUAAGAUCCCGCUGCUCUUGUCUGUGGAGGCUGGCAACCAGAGCAUGGUGCGGGAACUCCUAAGUGCGCAGACGGCUGAACAGUUGAAGUCAUCAACACCAGCUGGUGACACAGCCCUGCAUUUGGCCGCAAGACGGCGUGAUGUAGAUAUGGCUCGUAUUUUGGUGGACUAUGGAGCCCUAGUCGAUGCAGUCAAUGGUGCCGGUCAGACCUCGUUGCAUAUAGCUGCUGCUGAAGGUGAUGAUGCUCUAGUUAAAUACUUCUAUGGCGUACGGGCGAAUGCUGCUAUUGCUGAUAAUGAAGAUCGGACUCCGAUGCAUCUAGCUGCGGAAAAUGGUCACGCGGCUAUCAUAGAACUUUUAGCGGAUAAAUUCAAAGCCUCGAUAUUCGAGAGAACGAAAGAUGGAAGUACUUUGAUGCACAUCGCAUCUCUCAACGGGCACGCCGACUGUGCAAUGAUGCUUUUCAAAAAAGGAGUUUAUCUACAUAUGCCAAAUAAGGAUGGAGCUAGGAGCAUUCACACAGCAGCAAGAUAUGGACACGUUGGCAUCAUCAACACGUUACUACAAAAAGGGGAGAGUGUGGACGUUACCACUAACGAUAACUACACCGCACUUCAUAUAGCAGUAGAGUCAUGUAAGCCGGCCGUCGUGGAGACGCUGUUGGGAUAUGGUGCUGAUGUCCACAUUCGUGGUGGAAAACAAAGAGAGACUCCUCUUCACAUCGCUGCUAGGAUACCUGAUGGUGACAAAUGUGCACUGAUGCUGUUAAAGUCUGGAGCAGGACCAAAUAAAGCGACAGAAGAUGGUAUGACACCGGUACACGUAGCAGCGCGUCACGGUAACCUCACUACGCUUGUGCUUUUACUGGAAGAUGGGGGUGACCCUUUAAGAAAAACAAAGAGUGGCGAGACACCACUUCACAUGGCGUGUAGAAGUUGCAAACCAGACAUCGUUCGGCAUUUAAUAGGAUUCGUAAAAGAACAUAAAGGAGAAAAAAUUUCCACUAUGUACAUUGACUCAGUGGAUGAAGAUGGUGCCAGUGCCUUACAUUUCGCGGGACAAAUAACUAAAGAGGAAGUAAAAGUACCCUCGGCUGACCGAGAGGUCGUCAAGUGCUUGAUGGAAAAUGGAGCUGAUGUUUCCUUACAAACAAGACAUAACCAAGAAACAGCAUUUCAUUUCUGUGCAAUCGCGGGAAACAAUGAUGUACUUACUGAAAUGAUAACUGAUAUGUCAACGGCCGAUGUCAGUAGAGCCCUAAAUAAACAAAAUUCAAUCGGAUGGACGCCAUUAUUAAUUGCUUGCAAUAGAGGACAUAUGGAACUAGUCAACACAUUACUAUCAAAUCAUGCAAGAGUAGAUGUAUUUGACGUUGAAGGCAGAUCAGCCUUGCAUUUAGCUGCUGAACAUGGUUAUCUACAAGUUUGUGAUGCAUUACUUACUAAUAAGGCAUUUAUUAACUCAAAGGCGCGAAAUGGGCGAACAGCCUUGCAUUUAGCGGCAAUGAAUGGCUUCGCCCAUUUAGUGAAGUUUUUGAUAAGAGAUCACAACGCUGUAAUAGAUGUAUUAACUUUAAAGAAACAAACUCCUUUACAUUUAGCGGCCGCAAGUGGUCAAAUUGAAGUAUGCAAGCUUUUACUUGAACUCGGUGCCAAUAUUGACGCAACAGACGAAUUGGGUCAGAAACCUAUACAUGCAGCGGCUCAAAAUAAUUAUUCAGAAGUUGUUCAACUAUUCCUUCAACAACAUCCAAAUCUAGUAAUGGCAACGACAAGAGAUGGUAAUACAUGUGCUCACAUAGCGGCGAUGCAGGGUUCAGUGAAAGUGAUUGAAGAAUUGAUGAAAUUUGAUAGAACUGGGGUCAUAUCGGCGCGGAAUAAACUGAAUGAUUCCACACCGUUGCAAUUGGCCGCGGAAGGUGGUCACGCCGAUGUUGUAAGGGUUUUAGUAAGAGCUGGAGCCUCUUGUACUGACGAGAAUAGAGCUGGCUUAACUGCUGUGCACUUAGCGGCUGAACAUGGUCAUACCAACGUAUUAGACGUCAUGAGAUCAACUAAUACUUUAAGGAUAUCAAGUAAAAAGUUAGGUUUAACACCUCUUCACAUAGCCGCCUAUUAUGGACAAGCAGAAACGGUGCGAGAACUGUUAUCUCAUGUACCUGGGACUGUAAAAUCGGAUGCACCUACAGGAGUGUCAUUAGUCCCAAUUUUGGGGGCUGAAUCUGGUUUGACCCCUUUACACUUGGCUGCAUAUAAUGGAAAUGAAAACGUUGUGCGAUUGCUACUCAACUCUGCAGGCGUACAAGUAGAUGCCGCUACUAAUGAAAAUGGCUAUAAUCCCUUGCAUCUAGCAUGUUUUGGUGGACACAUGUCAAUUGUAGGGCUUUUGCUCAGUAGAUCGGCAGAAUUACUUCAGAGUACAGACAGACAUGGGAAGACUGGUUUACACAUAGCAUCAACACACGGCCAUUACCAGAUGGUUGAAGUUUUACUCGGUCAAGGGGCUGAAAUAAAUGCGACUGAUAAAAAUGGCUGGACACCCUUACAUUGCGCAGCGAAAGCGGGAUAUUUGAACGUGGUCAAGCUUUUGUGUGAGUCUGGAGCGUCACCAAAGAGUGAAACGAAUCUUAACUGUGCCCCUAUAUGGUUUGCGGCUUCGGAGAAUCAUAAUGACGUUUUAGAAUACUUGCUGCACAAAGAACAUGAUACGCAGUCUUUGAUGGACGAUAAGAAAUUUAUUUAUAAUCUAAUGGUCUGCUCCAAAAAUCACAAUAAUAUACCAAUUGAAGAGUUUGUGUUAGUAUCACCAGCACCUGUUGAUACGGCAGCAAAGUUAUCUAACCUUUAUAUUAACUUGUCUACCAAGGAGAAAGAGCGUGCCAAAGACCUAAUCGCUGCUGGAAAGCAAUGCGAGGCAAUGGCGACUGAAUUGUUGGCCUUAGCGGCCGGUGCUGAUUCUGCGGGACAUAUUCUAACAGCCACUGAUAAUAGGAAUAUUGAAUUCCUAGACGUUUUAAUUGAGAAUGAGCAAAAAGAAGUCAUAGCGCACACGGUCGUCCAGAGAUAUCUCCAGGAACUGUGGAGAGGGAGUCUCAAGUGGACGGGCAUCAAAAUAAUGUUCCUUUUCUUUAUUUUUAUAGUUUGUCCGCCAGUGUGGCUAAUCUUUUCCCUUCCAUUAGGUCAUAAAUAUAAUAAGAUACCUAUAAUUAAAUUUAUGUCGUAUUUAACGUCACAUAUCUAUCUUAUGAUAUUGUUAGCUUUAGUCGCCAUAACGCCAAUUUAUAAUUCAAUAUUUAGGGAAAGUUUAGUUCCAAGAUGGUAUGAGUGGAUUCUACUUAUCUGGCUAAGUGGUCUUCUAUUAUUUGAACUUACGAAUCCCAGUGAUAAAUCAGGUUUAGGUUGGAUAAAAAUUGCAGUAUUAUUAUUAGGGAUGGUGGGUGUCGCGACCCAUGUGGUUGGUUGGAUUUUCGUUUUACCAAAGUAUUGGCCGACACUCAUGUACUGUAGAAAUCAAUUUUUCGCUCUCUCAUUUCUUUUAGCUUGUGUACAAAUUUUAGACUUUUUAUCCUUCCACCACUUGUUCGGUCCGUGGGCCAUCAUCAUAGGUGACCUUAUGAAAGAUCUAGGUAGAUUCCUCGCAGUAUUAGCCAUAUUCGUAUUCGGAUUUUCAAUGCACAUAGUAGCAUUGAACCAGCCUUUCAGAAAUAUAAAUAAGCCUGAAGAUAAUAAAUACGCUAGAACAGCAAGAAGAAAACUAUUUUCCGACGUGACUAUGAACCCAGUGUUUUCGUUCGAGCUUCUUUUCUUCGCGGUGUUUGGGCAAACGACCACAGAGCAGACGAGGGUGCAUCGUAAUGAUAGCAACACCCAACCGCAAUGGACAAAUUAUUUAUUCAAAAUAGUAUUCGGGAUAUAUAUGCUGGUGUCAGUUGUAGUGCUAAUCAACUUGCUGAUUGCUAUGAUGUCAGAUACAUACCAACGAAUACAGGCGCAAUCAGAUAUCGAGUGGAAGUAUGGGUUGUCUAAGCUAAUCCGAAACAUGCAUCGGACAAAUACGGCUCCAUCACCGCUCAAUCUGGUUACUACGUGGCUUAUGUGGCUGAUACAUCGAUGUCGUGAACGUUUAUCGAAAAAGAAACGACCAAGUCUAGUGCACAUGGUAGGACUGCAGAGGCAAGACCAGAUGAGCGCGAGGUCGAAGGCCGGUGCCAAAUGGCUCUCGAAAGUUAAGCGUGGCCAAGUUGUUCCAAAAGAUUCAACUCGACUCUCCGUUGUCCACCUUAGUCCACUCGGCUCUCAGCUGAGCUUCAAUAACAUGACAAGGAUAGAGAAUGUAGUAGACUGGGAGAUAAUAGCGAAGAAGUACAGGGCAUUAACAAGGGAUGAGCCAGAGGAACCACUUGCUAAGGACAGUGAUACAGAUACAGCCGAGAGCGAGUCUGAAAUUGUACCUAAUAAUAUAGCGGCCGUUCCUCCUUGAACUGUCUAUUUAUAUUGAGAAAUGUACAACUUAAUACAGUUUUAAUAAAAUAAAAAAAAAUUCAAUAGCUGAUUUCUGUGUAUUGGAAAAUGUAUAAGACUAGAUUGUAUCUUUUAAAUCUGUAUUUAUCUGUUGACUCCGUCUUAUUGCUAUCUAAACAAAUGAUUUUUAUCUUUUCGACGUCGUUUUGUAUAAUUGAUUGCGUAAAUUAGAAUACGCGAUUCAGUGUAACAAGUCUGAUUUAGUUUCAACAAAUGUUUAAAUUAUAAUUUCCUAUAUAUAAACAUAGACAUAUGAAAACAUCAGCCAUGCUUCGA